AUGGAAGGGUUGAAGGAGAUGGAGUGGCUGAAGGAGGAGUUGUGGUUGGGAGGGAAAGCUAAGGAAAGAUUGGAAGUGGAGAAUGAGAGGUUGAGGGUAGAGUGUGAGGAGUUGAAGAGCGAGUUAGAGGAAAUGAGAGGAAUGUUAAGGAGUGCAAAAGUGGAAAUGAAAGAAGAGGUGAAAAGAGCGGAAGAGAGGAUGGUUGAGAAAAUGGACAAAAAAUUCGGGGAUAAGGAUAAACCUGAGGACAAGAAUAAGAAGGGGGCUGAGGAAAAGAAGAAGACUAAGGGAAAGAAAGUUAGUAAGGGUAACGGAUGGGAUGAGACUAGGACUGAAUACAUUGAGGAAAGGGCUGAGAGUAAUUUGGAUAGUGGUGAGUGGAAACAGGUGGGUAGAAAGAAGAAGGGCAAGAAGGGUGUAGUCAAGUUUAUGGACGUGAGUAUGGAAGUGGAUUUGCUGGAUUCGGAAGAGGGAAAGAAGGGUCAGAAUGGAAAUAGCGAAAGUGGUAGUAGGGACAUAGGGGACUUUUUAAAGGAAUAUGAGAAGUGUUGUGAGGCUAAGUUAGAAACGUUAGCUAGGAAAAAGUUUGGGGACGAAGGGAUAAAUGAGUGUAAGGAGUUAGUGCGAAAGUUGUUGGCGACGGUACCAGUUCAUAAAUCUGAAACAUAA